AUGAUCAAUUCCCUUAUCAGUCAGCGAGCUGGAAUUGAUUCGAGCACGAAUGUCCCCAUGCGAAACUCUUACAUUGCGCUUUUCAAGGCACGUAUUUCGCUGGUUUUGGGUUCCUUAAAUGACCUCGUGGGUCCUUGCUUCCCCCGGUCCAAGGCGAGUAAUCUAAUCGUCCCCUCGCCAAUUAUGGUAGCCCAGACCAAGCACGUCAAUCUGUUUUUUAUCCCCAGAGCUGGGGCGCCAAGGGCAUCGCUCGCCGGUGACGAAGCAGGCGCGCAAGAGGCAGACCAGACGGCCGGAGAAACUUGCGACCCAACCCAGAUUAAGGACAAACAAUGGUUGGAUUUAGUUCUCAAACCUGAGAUGACAAAUAUAUCGUUCGGAUGUAAGGAGGACCUGAAAGCGCUAAAACCCGAAGGGGACAAGGUGUUCACGACCGAGGAAUGUAAAGAAGACCACCAGACCCCUCUGUCGACGGCGUGCGCUGGCGCGAAACUAGAGCGUUCAGUAGCCGGGGCGACGAAGCAUACAUUAACUGUAAACCCGAGGCCUCCCCAGGACAAAGUGUUUUACUACAAGUGUCAGUCCGCGGAUUCUCCCAGCAUGGAAGCGUUAGGAUUCAAAGUCGACGCACAGAAAACGGAAUGCAUCAUCAAGAUAACAGUGAAGGGGGUCGGUCCUGCGACAGUCGUCCCCGCCGCACACAUCUGCGUCCCGAAGGAAACGGGAAAAGACUCCAGAAACGUUAAGGAGUUGACACUGGAGGGGGACAAGCAGAGCAUCGAUUUCAGUUGCGGCAAACAGGCAAACACACAGCUCACUCCUGCGGCGAAUCUGAAUAAGUUUUGCGCGGAUGAGGGCUGCCAGGACCAGAAGGAUCUCUCCACGGUGUGGUCCGAUGCGGCGUUGACAGAGUCGACGGCAGGCGAUGCGACGAGUUACACGCUUAGCGUCAAGUCGGAGCGGUCCGAGGACAAGAGUAUCUACUACAAGUGCAGCAUUCCGGCAAAUGAAAAAACUGAGGUGCAUGAUGACGAGGGGGCCAGACAGGAAAAGGCAUGUGUCCUCAAAAUCACCGUGAAGUCCGGGGACACGUCAUCAGCAGCUGCUUGGAUGACUCUGACUUCCUGUCUGAUCGGGCAAGUCGUGCUGGGUCUCCUUAACCUCUAG